AUGGCAGCAGCUUCGACAGAUUCGGGGCAGGGGUCCACCAAAAUAACUCCCGAAGUGCUGCAGGAGAUGCUCCAGUACUACAACCUGAGCCGCCAGGAGUUUAUCAACACUUACAACAUCCAGCCGCUCGUCUACAUCCCCGAGCUACCGUACAGCGCUAAGACCACCUUCGUGAUCAUGUACGUGGUCAUCUUCGUCCUGGCUCUGGCUGGAAAUAGUUUGGUCAUCUACAUAGUUGUGAAGAAACGGGCGAUACAGACAGCGACAGAUAUUUUCAUCUGCUCUCUGGCAGUCAGCGACCUGCUCAUCACUUUCUUCUGCAUACCUUUUACUUUGCUGCAGAACAUCUCUUCUGAAUGGUUCGGGGGGGUUCUGGUUUGCAAGACAGUUCCCUUUGUACAGACUACAGCCAUCGUGACAGGCAUCCUCACAAUGACCUGCAUUGCUAUUGAGAGAUACCAGGGCAUUGUUUUCCCACUGAAAAUGAGGAGACAGUAUUCGUCCAAAAGAGCAUACAAGAUGCUAGGACUUGUAUGGAUUGCCUCAGUCAUAGUGGGUUCACCAAUGCUGUUUGUUCAACAGCUAGAGGUGAAAUACGACUUCUUGUAUGAUCAUUACCAUGUGUGCUGUCAGGAAAGUUGGCGCUCGCUGACUCACAGGCAGGUGUACACCACUUUCAUCAUGGUGGCCCUUUUCCUGCUCCCUUUGGCAGCCAUGCUGUUCCUCUACACGCGCAUCGGCAUUGAGCUGUGGAUCCGCAAGAGGGUGGGCGACUCCUCAGUCCUCAACACCAUGAACCACAGGGAGAUCAGCAAAAUCUCAAGGAAAAAGAAAAGAGCCGUUAAAAUGAUGAUCACCAUCGUUCUGUUAUUCACCAUUUGCUGGGCACCAUUCCACACAGUCCACAUGCUGUUUGAGUACUAUGACCUGGAAAAGAAAUAUGACGGAGUCACCCUUAACAUGAUCAUCGCCAUUGUUCAGGCCAUUGGGUUCUUCAACAGCUUCAACAAUCCCAUCGUGUAUGCCUUCAUGAACGAGAACUUCAAGAAGAGCUGCGUCUCCACCCUCUCCCAGUGCAUCAGAAAACCUAACCAGCAGGGCGGCGCUGUGGUGGCGCCCAAACUGAGCAUGCAGUUCAUCAAACCCCAAAGCAGAGAAGCCUUUUUGGAAUCAGAUGAAGUAAACAGCUCGAAGCAGCACUCAGCAGAGAAAGGCCCUUCAAGUUCGUCGCAUGGAGAGAGCUCCCUGGAAAUAAUGGGAGAAAAAAUCUCCACCAUCCAAACAGAGCUCCCUGCAAACAGCUCCUCUCAAGUCAAAUGA